AUGCUUCGCUCAAUUAAACGCCUAAGUCCUGUUUCAGUCAAUAUAGCAAGAGCAUACUCGUCUGCUGACCCGAGACAGAAGUUUCUUCAAGAGUAUAAGGUUCGAUCGUCGUUGGAAAGACUCAUACAUCACUAUGCCAGUGAACCCUUGACGAAACUCUCCAUUCUGACGAUCUUGGAGCAAUCUGAAAAACUCAAUUCCACAUAUAUCCUUCAAAGUGCCAGAGAGACAAUUGAAAUGUUGCUAGCUUACAAUGCUCGUCGCUUGCGUCAUUUCAGAGACCUUCCGUACUUGGUGAUGCUCAAUCCAUCCAUCUCAGAGUCAUACAACACAUACUUAAAGACAAUGUCUGUGUUGCUUACAGCAUCUCUUCAUCCUCCAUGUACGAUGGAAGAAACGCAAAAACUCAGAUCUGAUGUUCUACAAAGUUUUAUGGAUGUACAUGCAGAUGCCUUGCCUACCUUGUCCAAGGGCUUCAGUGAAGUGUUGCAUUUGCUUUCUGUGGAUAAAGUAAAGACCUUUCUUGAUGAACAUUUGAGGGAAAGAGUCAGCAUGCGUCUUAUCGCUCAUCAGCAAAUAUCUCUUACGGAUUCGUUUGCCAAUGGCACUUACGAAGAAGGAAGCCCAUACAAUGGUAUUGUCAAGCCCCUCAAUAUCAGGGAAGUGAUCAAGAGAAAUGCAGAGCUCGUCAACGAUAUCUGUCUCAUGAAAUACGAUCAAAGCGUGAAGGUCAAAAUCGACACUAACCUUCAUCCUCCAAACUUCUGGACUCUGAAGGAUGAACCUGAUAUCUCGAAGAACUCUGAAGAGCCUAUCAUAUUCCCUUACAUUGAAUACCAUUUAGACUAUAUCUUGAUGGAGCUCUUCAAGAACUCGUUUAGAGCUCACAUUGAGAACCAUGUUUCUGAUCCCGUCCAGGUGACGGUUUCCACCAGCGACUCACCUUCGUACAUGGAGAUGAGAAUCAGAGACAAAGGUAAGGGAAUUGUACCUCAAGCCUUGAACCAUGUGUUUGACUAUUCGUUUUCAACGUACGAGUCUGGCGAGGGAGACAGUUACAAGACGCUUAAUGUUCCACCAGGCGAGGCUGGAAACACCGUUGCAGGUAUGGGGUACGGCUUGCCUCUUCUGAAGAACUACAUUGAAAUAUUCAACGAUACGCUUGAUGGCGGCGCCCAGGAGCCAGAGAAAGGCCUGCUUAGCGUCCAAUCAUACUACGGCUGGGGUACCGACGUCUACCUCAAGACCGUUGGAUCGUAA